AGUCCUGGCUUGGCAGCUGCUGAGACACACACAUACACACAACAGGCAAGACAUAGCUGGAUCUUGACCUCUGAACAUGCAGAAGGAUCACUGCUGAAGUGUUUGGUGGUUUUUUUUUAAUUGUUGGGUGCGCUCUAGACUGCCCUGGUUUGUCUUUAGCAAGAGCCGCCUGAACUUCAGACCCCUCCCCACUCCCUUUGCUGUCCCUUCUGCAUCUUCCAACAGAUUGCAGCCUGCAAAAGGAUCUGCUUCAGUGUGUGUGUGUGUGUGUGUCAGCCUGCAAAAGGAUUUGCUUCUCUGUGUGUGUGUGUGAGAGAGAGAAAGCCUGCAAAAGGAUCUGCUUGUGUGUGUGUGUGUUACCUGGAAAAGUGUGAGCCAUCUUCUGGGAAACGCCAACUACUGAGUGGAUCUAUGAGGCUGCUUCCUUGUUUUCUAGUUUAAAGAAACUUUCCCUACGUUUCCCUACGCGGAGUCCAACUCCCGACAGUGACCUUUGCGGGAGCCUGGCCGGGAUCAGACGGCAGGAAGGCUCGGGAGAAGAGGAAACCUGGAGCACCCGCAAGGAGGCUGAGAGGCGGCUCUUGGGAGGAACUCGUGCGGCUCUUGUUGUGGGAUGAGAAGCAGCCAGGCGCCGGCCGCGGUCCCUGUGUGUUUGACAACAACCUCGCCCGGUCCUGCCGGGGCCGUGUGCGGGAGAGCUCUGCCAGCGACAAGCCCCAUGAAGAAAAUACUCUGAAGACAAUGGAGCUGUGACAUUCUACAUCAACUUGCCAACUGGAACUAUGGAAAUUAUAGAAGAUUGCCAGCACACUCACGCUGGGCUAGUGCCAAAUGGAUACAUGAACAAGAUUUUUCGAGCCAAUCCAGAGGAUGGGAGCACUGAGACAUUAAAGAUUUGUGACCUUCAGCACUGCAACUCCAAAGGCAUCAACCAAAAUGCAAGGGAAGAGGCAACCAGGUAUAAAAAGAAAGCCAAGGGCAAUCGGAUUUGGAAUUUUGUUAGCCGAAGGAAAGGUCCCUCCAUGAAUAACAAAAGACCCCAGUCCAUGAUCCUGCUAGGAGAUACCUCAGAGACCUUAGAAGAAAAACGCAAGAUGUCCUUCAUGGAGAGGGUGAGGUCCUUAAAAAAGCUAAGAACCUCCAGCAUGUCUAAGAAUGUGGAUUUGAGACCCUCCAAAGCCAAAGUUUCUCACAUCCCUGAGGAGGACCAGGAGGACAGUGACCAAAGGGCAGCCUACAGGAUUAAGAAACUAGCCGACAGUCAGAGGCCUUUCCGUCAUUCGUAUGCAGGGUACAUCGAUGAUUUGGAUUCUUCCUUUGAAGACGUAGAAUUAAAUGUCAACAUUCCAGAAAUUGAUGCCAAUGAAAAUAAAUGGCUCAGGGAUAUUAGUGUCAGAAUACACAGUGAAGAUAAUGAUAGUAACUGCCAUAAAACGUCAACUAGAAAGAGCAAGUUUUUGAAUUUUGAAAACUCUAAGAGUUCUGAGAUUACAGAAAGGGACAAUCAAAAGAGGUGUCCCAUGCUUCCCGAGGAGAGCAGGAGAGGAAAAAGCUCUGAUGUCUGGAGCUAUCUGAAGGGAAUUUCAUUGUCUAGCAAAGAUAAUUCAAAAUUGCUUGAUCAAAGUGUUGAAACAAAUUUCCAGAACUUAGAAAAUAUAACUGAUAAUUCUGCUUCUUAUUUUGAUUUUGAAAUGAGAUGUGAGGAGAAUCUUAGCCAGCCUAAAAAAUCAAACAGUGAAAUGAAAGCCAGUCACUUUGGUGGUGUUCUUCGGUUCUUUAACAGUGUGGCUGAGGCAGCUAGGAAGUGGCGAGGCUCUUCCCGGACAUUUUCGCAGGGAGAGCAAAGACCUCAGUCCAAUUUCAGAAGUCAGAGGCAGGAAGCCUCCUCCCACAAACAGUCUUUGGUUAUUGAAAAUGAAAAUGCCAGAGCUUUCUCUUCAAUGGGAAUGUCAUUGCAGUCUCCAGAUUCUGGGAUCUGGGAUAAUCAUAGUUCUGAGAGUUCAACAGGAAAAGCGCUGCCUCAGCGAAGUGUUGAAGCAGAGUUAUCUCAAGAGAUCAGCAGCUCUGCUCUGAACAAUGAGAAUGAUAGUUUUAAUGAAACAUCCCUUCCUGACCUUGGGCCAGGUCCAUCCAUCUCCCCACUGCCAGAACUUCCAGAUGACUGUUAUGCUCUGUUAAGCAUACAAGGCCUAUCUAAGGCUCUAUCACAGUUUCCAGACAUGCCUGUGACUGAAUUAGAUGCUCGAGACCCGGGCAGCUCUCCGGCGGCGGUUGCUCGGGACCGGCGCAGCUCUCCGGCGGCGGAUGCUCGGGACCCGGGCAGCUCUCCGGCGGCGGAUGCUCGGGACCCGGGCAGCUCUCCGGCGGCGGAUGCUCGGGACCCGGGCAGCUCUCCGGCGGCGGAUGCUCGGGACCCGGGCAGCUCUCCGGCGGCGGAUGCUCGGGACCCGGGCAGCUCUCCGGCGGCGGAUGCUCGGGACCCGGGCAGCUCUCCGGCGGCGGAUGCUUGGAAACUUGGAAAUAUUGAGUUACAUUUGAAAGACAGGGCUAAGACAAAACUGGGUAGUCAGGAACUGAGUAGCACUCCAGAGUAUACUGAGUACACUAGGAGUACUCCAGUGGAUAUUCAGGACCUGGACAAGACUCAAUCACAUUCUCAAGAUCUUUCUAAGAGUAAACUGGAUACUCAGGAAACAGAGAGUGCUCUGGCUGGUACUCAAAGCCUCUUAGCAGCUACUCUUUUAAAACAUGCAACAGAUAAUGAGCAAGCUUUAGAACUGGAGGAUUCUCCUAUCAAAGAACAUGAAAUAAGUUUACCAGUAGAACAAAUUUCCAUGGAGAGGCCAGAGAAAGCAAAUCACUUUAAGUAUAGUAAAGUGUGCCAUCAGAUCCAGAUGAGCCUCUGUACAAUUGUCUCCUUCGGGGAACUCAACAAUGGAAAGCCCCUGUCUCACCCUCUUCAUCCAUCACCACAAGCACCUCCUUUCAAAAUCCUAUUGGACAGAUGUCGCUCCUUACCCCUUUCCCAAAGCACUCCGAUGGGGCUGGACCAACUGGGCUGGAGGAGGCGGCUGUUGCUGAGCACUGGUGCUGAGAACGACCUGGGUUCAAAGACUCUGGAGGUACGCAGAGAUGGCAGGAAUGGUGGCAGUAGGUGGAAGCCCCUGAAGCCUGGAGCUGAACAGCUGCUAGUCAAUAAACUGAUCAGUGGUGGUUCUAUUGUAAGUGCUGAGGCAGUAUGGGAUCACGUCACCAUGGCCAACCGGGAGUUGGCGUUUAAAGCAGGAGACGUUAUCAAGGUCCUGGAUGCUUCCAACAAGGACUGGUGGUGGGGUCAGAUCGACGAUGAAGAAGGAUGGUUUCCCGCCAGCUUCGUAAGGCUAUGGGUGAACCAAGAAGACGGAGUAGAGGAAGGAACCAGCGAAGUACAGAAUGGCCAUUUGGAUCCAAGCGCCGAUUGCCUCUGUCUCAGCAGAACCCUUCAGAACCGAGACCAGAUGAGAGCCAACGUAAUCAAUGAAAUCAUGAGCACAGAGCGCCACUAUAUCAAACACCUCAAGGACAUUUGUGAGGGUUACUUAAAGCAGUGCCGGAAGAGGAGAGACAUGUUCAGCGAUGAACAGUUAAAGGUCAUAUUCGGCAACAUCGAAGAUAUCUACAGGUUUCAGAUGGGUUUUGUCCGGGACUUGGAGAAACAAUAUAACAAUGAGGACCCCCACCUCAGUGAAAUUGGACCUUGUUUCCUGGAACAUCAAGACGGGUUCUGGAUCUAUUCGGAGUACUGUAACAAUCACUUGGACGCAUGUAUGGAGCUGUCCAAGCUGAUGAAAGAUGGCAGGUACCAGCAUUUCUUCGAAGCAUGUCGCUUGUUGCAGCAGAUGAUUGACAUUGCCAUAGACGGUUUCCUUCUGACACCAGUGCAGAAGAUCUGCAAAUACCCCUUGCAACUGGCAGAGCUAUUGAAGUAUACUGCACAGGAUCACAGUGACUACAGGUACGUGGCUGCUGCACUUGCAGUCAUGAGGAAUGUGACUCAGCAGAUCAAUGAGCGGAAACGGAGACUGGAGAACAUUGACAAGAUAGCUCAGUGGCAGGCCUCAGUCCUGGAUUGGGAGGGAGAUGACAUCUUGGAUCGGAGCUCCGAGUUGAUCUACACCGGGGAGAUGUCCUGGAUUUAUCAGCCUUAUGGACGGAACCAGCAGCGUGUUUUCUUCCUCUUUGAUCACCAGAUGGUUCUCUGCAAAAAGGACCUGAUACGAAGAGAUAUACUGUAUUACAAAGGUCGCAUUGACAUGGAUAAAUAUGAAGUGGUGGAUAUAGAAGACGGGAGAGAUGAUGACUUCAACGUCAGCAUGAAGAAUGCCUUCAAACUUCAUAACAAGGAAACCGAGGAAAUUCACUUAUUCUUUGCCAAGAAGCUGGAGGAGAAACUGCGAUGGCUCAGAGCUUUCAGAGAAGAAAGAAAGAUGGUUCAAGAAGACGAAAAGAUAGGCUUUGAAAUUUCUGAAAAUCAAAAGCGGCAAGCGGCAAUGACAGUAAGGAAAGUCAGUAAGCAAAAAGGUGUCAGCUACUCCAGGUCGGUUCCUCCAGCCUAUCCACCACCCCAGGAUCCAUUAAAUCAGGGACAAUACAUGGUGACAGAUGGCAUAUCCCAGUCCCAGGUCUUCGAGUUCACCGAACCCAAACGCAGCCAGUCACCAUUCUGGCAAAAUUUCAGCAGGUUAACGCCAUUCAAAAAAUAAUACCUAGAGUGAGAUGGAGAAUUUUAAAAUAAAAAUUUUAAAAAAUUAAAAAUAAAAAUAAAUAAAUAAAAUUAUAUUUAUAGAUGGACCUUUUUUCGGAGAAGCACUGUUGCAAUUAAAAAGAAUUAUACACACACACACACACACACACACACAUACAUAUAUAUAUAUAUAAAUAUAUAUAUAUAGAAGGACCAAAAACUUUUUUUUGUUGUUUUUGGGAAGCAAACUUCUACUAGAUACUAGGAAGCACCAAUGACUUCUACUCAUGUGUCCGAUUUUAUUUUAUUUAAUUGGUUAGACAACAUCAUUUUUUCUCUUCAUUUUUUUUUUUUUUUUGUCCAACUUGUCAUUGUCUCUCCAGGACGAUUUCUUGCUCGUUGUGAGUUUGUCACUGAAGUUUCUUGCAGGCCACAUUGGUGUAUAUUUUAUUUUAUUUAUGCCUUUUAUUUUUCUAUUUUAGAGGUGGGGAAGAUCUCUGCUCCCUUCCCCCUUUGCUCCCCCCACCCCUUGACUGUCCCCAGACUUCUUGUUUCAAUGAACAGCAUUUUCCCCCCAGCAUUCUCUGUUCUGAGUCGUUCCAGUCUGGGUGUGCUCUGUUGUGCACUGUGAUAUGCUGCUCAGUACUUCUAUUGCUUUAACUGUUUUUGUAUGUGUUCUUGGGCCGGGGGGGGGGGUAUAAACAAACAAAAGGGGGGAACAGAUCUUUAUUAUGUGAGAGGUGACUUCUGUUCAAUUGAUUUGUUGCAUUUUUAACUGUGUUUCAUUUCAAUGCUGUGUGUUUCAGUCACACAUGCCAUUCCCAGUAAGAUUGAAAGAGAACAAUGGAGGCUUUUUUGUUUCGCAUUUUAUUUUAUUUUCUCCAGAGAUUUUUUUUUUUUUAGCUGAGAAAUUACCCCGUGAGAUAUCCAAUACUAGCUUUUUCCUACAUAAAGAUGACAGAUGUUUUAAAAUUGCUUGACGGCCUCAUGUCCUGCAUUCUAGGUAGAGAAAAAUUAGUUAUUGAACACAAACAAAAUGGCCAGUGUUCCUUCUGCAGGAACUAACUCAGAGGACCCAUCCUCUCUGCCACACACACACACACACGCGUAACAUCACUGUUAUGAACCAUUGAUUACAGUUUACAGGAGCAACGAUCCUAGAUGUAACAGCCAUUGCUGUACUUGCUUUCUGGUCUGUUAUGUUUUAUUUAAGUAUCCCUAGCUUUGCCUUGAGCCCCAAAUUACCAACCAGGACAUUAGCUGACAAUGAUGACCUAUUAGGUUAAGGAUCAUUGCUUAAGUAAUCGAAAACAUUUACUCAACAUUUAAUGCCUCCAACCUGUGGAAGAGUUUGAAAACUGCCUUUCAGAAAAGAUUGCAUUGAAAUCAGUGUGGCCUGAGACGUCUUGCCAUGUGACCAGGACUACAUAUCCAAAUGUAGAUCAGCAAUGAAACUAGUCUAAACUGUAGCAAUGGUUCAGCAAACUUGCACCAUUGUCAAUAGGCUGCACAGUAGUUAGUUAACCUCUCUGUGUCUCUUUCUCUCUCUUUUUCUCACUCUAUUCAGAGCUGCAUUUUCAAUGACACCUCCUACAAUUUCACCCUCACCUCAAACACGCUAGUUUGCAUGUACGGAAGCCUGCAGUUCGGCUCACAAAACAGAUCAUUGCACACACGAUGCCUUUUUGCUUGGGCAAAUGUGGAUAUUUUGCUCACAUAAAAAGGUGUACAUGAAAAUUUUGCAGGUGCUGUUUUGUAGGCUCCUUUGAAAACGUGGGGUGAAAUGAUCCAAACCCUAAUUUGUAUUGACUCUUUUCUUUUUAAUCUUAUCAGCCAAGCAAAUCAGGCUAGCUACUGAUGUAGAGAAAUACAUCGGGGGGUAGGGGAGCACAGAUUUAAUUUUUCACCUGAAAAACAAGAACCUGUGAAGGCCACCAGUGAAUGAUUUCAAUAUUUCCAGGCAGCUUAUUUUCUUGUAGGGCUAGAGCAAGCACUAAGAUAAAGACACCGUGCCAUGUUAUAAGGGAGUGACCAUAUUUCCCAUCUAAAGCACAAAGAUUAUCUCGCCACUUUCUUUGCUACUUGAGAAAAUACAAAUAAGCAGCAAAGAAAGUCUAGUAUUUUAAAGAGAGGAAGGCUCCCCCCCCACCCCCGAUAUGUAAAUGAUAUAUAAAAAAAAGUCCAGUCAGGAGGUAACUCAAUUUUUAUAUCAGAAACAUUUUUAAAAUACUCUUUUGUAUCUCUGCUUUUUUUAUGGCUAACAGCUCAGAUUUUAAUACAGAAUAUGUGGCAAUUAUUAUUUUUGUUUGUUUAAUAGGAUGGGUGUUUAGAGAAGUGAACGAGACGAUUCCUCAAAAGUUGUAACGUAAAGGAUGAAACAAAACGUCUUACACUUUCUGAAUGGCUGGAGAGAGACACACAGAGAGAGACAGAUUAGAGCCUCCUUGUCAAUAUGAUGAAAAUUACACCUAUACCUUUGCCUUUUGAAUUGCUUAAGGGAGAAAAGUAACGAGCACGUUAGUUAAGCCUGUUCAUUUACUGUUUUGUGCCUCUGAGAGUGAGAAUAAAACAUCCAUUAUUUUUAUGAGAAGAUGCUUCCUUAAUAUUCAGCACUAGAAAAAAGAAACAACAUGGCCACACCAUUAUUUGCAUCAUAAAUCGAGAUUCCCUUGAUCUGACAAGGCCACUUGUUGGACUCACAGCUUCUUGCUUACGUGGAAAACCAAAACCAAAUAGCUUUGCUAACUUUAAACUACCUGCACCAAAACCAGGCAGCAGGUAAAGCAGAUGCAGGCCUGUGUUCCAGAGCAAAGCGGGUUUGGCCCUCAGUUGUGGCAUUCAAGAAAGCUCUUCCCAUCCCUAAGUUGCCAAGGUGCUGCAAGAAACGAAGCAUUAAUAGAAAGGCAAACCAGCAAUGGGUCCCACUUUUACUUACUUACUUAAUUAUGAAAUAGAGAGCUGGGUUGGGUGGUCUUGUAUACUUGAAAGCUCCAGAAACACAUUAGAUCUGAUCAAACGGGGGGUAAUUUUUGACUUCGCAUGUUAUAUAGAUUUUCAUUUCAAUGCCAGACAAGAGGAACCCACAUACUGUUCCAUGGGCAAUAGAACCAGAGAUUGUAACAGACUUAGAUGUAGAAUUUCUCCAGCUGAAACUAUAUAUAUAUAUAUAAUAUAAAAACCUCCUCUUCCAUAGGUAAAUGAUGCGCAUUACCCCUUGACCUAGCAGAGGAUGUAAGUUCAAGACUUUUGCCUCCCCACCCUCUCCAAAAGAUAAAACAAGAACCAACCUAGGUGCAUCUAACAGUUGUAAAUAGAAAAUAAUACAUAGAAAAAUAUAUUUGAAAUCUGUUUCAGUUCUUGGAUGGGCAGUAGCCAUCCAUUGCAACGUUAUUGAUAGUACACUGUGGUGCUUUGGGUUUCUGGUUUUGUUCUCUUUAUGCUCUGUCAUCUUUUCAUUGCAGCUACAUUUCAGGGAACAUGUAUAUUUAGUAGCUUUUGUAAGUUCUGCAUGGCAUCACCACGCUUAUUUUUCCUUGAGAAGAUCAAAAGAGUCCGGAGGAGUUUAAAGGCACUAUGAUGAUGCGGACUUGUAGCAGAGAAUAAAAAAGAACAAUCAAGGGUUUUAAAAUACAAGUUUGAAGCCAAAUACUGAUAUUUUAGUGCUUUUGGGGUUUUAACAGUAUGGGCAAAAAAAAAAAAUGGAUUUUGGUAACCCAGCUGAUCCACACUUGCCAGUUUUAUUAUUUUGUUUAUAUUGGACUGUUUGACCCUGUCAAACAAGUGUCUAAGUUGUGUGUAUAAAACAAAACAAAAAAAAGUGUUGAAAAAAAGUGUUGUAAAGACACUGAGCCUUAUGAAAAUAUUUAUGGAGUUAAAUAAAAAUAAAUGAAAAGGCA